AUGCGGAAGGCCAAAACCGCACUCUGCUUAGUCACAGCCACUGGCCUCACCUUUCAUGCCUUCAACCCCAAUUUUCUAUCAUCUUCCUCCGAUUCCUUUCCCAACUUUCCUGAGAAAUUACGCGCACCAAUCCAUGGCGUCUAUCGAUCUUCUCGCGCAAUCGCCACCAUUGCUUUCACUGCUGUUGACUACAAGUUCAGUUUACAUGGACUCUCGGUUGACUCUGAUGAGUAUCGUCAGAAGCUAUCUGAGGUUGGUUGCUUGGUUGUUCUUCUUUUCUUUCUUACUAUGAAGUAUGAAUCAUUGAAUUUCCUCAGGAACGUUCAUAGAAGGUCCGCCUCGAGAAUUCGGAAAUUAUGUGAGGUCAAUAGAGGGUUCUAUGUGAAAGCUGGCCAAUUUGUUGCAGCUCUGCGACAGGUUCCCAAAGAAUACUCAUUAACUCUGUCCUCAUUGCAGGAUCAGGCAGUUCCUUAUCAUUUCAAGGCUAUUAAAGAGGUACUAAUCCACAAUCUGGGACCCGAGCUGUCAGAUAUGUUUUUGUCACUCGAUGAACAUCCGAUAGCUGCUGCAUCUAUUGCUCAAGUACACCGGGGAGUUCUUAAGGGUCAUCAAGAAGUAGCAAUUAAGGUGCAGUACCCGGACCUGGAGCAGCAAAUGAAAAUAGAUACAACAACCAUGUAUUUUCUUUCAAAAUCCCUUGCUUGGUUUUUCCCAGAAUACAGAUUUGAGUGGCUGGUAUCAGAAUUCGUACAGUCUAUUUCUCUCGAACUUGGUGAGUUGUUGGAUGACAUUGACUUUAUUCAGGAGGCUAGGAAUUCUGAGACAACUGCCAAUAACUUUGCCAACAACAAAUGGGUCAAGGUUCCUCGUGUAUUUUGGGACUUAACGACUCAUCAAGUUCUGACGAUGGAAUUCUGUACAGGACAGAAGGUUGAUGAUGUAGAAUAUCUGAAGGAAAGGAGAAUACACCCAAUGAAGGUGGCAAAAGUGUUGUUGGAAGUGUUUGCUGAAAUGAUUUUCAUCCAUGGUUUCCUGCAUGGAGAUCCACACCCUGGUAACAUAUUAGUUUCUCCUGAAGGUCAGAAUGGCUUUUCUUUGGUUAUUCUAGACCAUGGAAUAUACAAAAAAUUGGAUGAAGGAUUUAGGUUGGAUUACUGUCAGCUCUGGAAGGCAUUAAUUCUUCUGGACUCAAAAAACUUGCAGCGUUUGGGUGAACGGUUUGGUGUUGCGAAGUAUUCUAGAUACUUUCCUGUCAUUUUUACAGGAAGAACUAUUGACAGUAAAUCGGCUCUUGGGAAGGCAAUGUCAGUUGAAGAAAGACGUAAUCUAAAGCAGGAGCUGAAGUCCCUGAAGAUGGAAGACAUAUCUUCAUUUAUGGAAUCCUUGCCAUCAGACUUUCUCACAAUAUUGCGUACUGAUGGGCUGCUGAGGUCUAUUGUUAGCAAGUUGGGGGCUCCACAAAGAGUCAGGCUACUAGCCUAUGGCAAAUAUGCAUUAUAUGGUCUUUCUCCAAAGUUGAAUCCUGAAUCUGAUUUUGCUCUGAAAGUUGUGUUCUCCCGAUUGAAGGCAAAUGCAAGUUACUAUAGGUUAAGGCUUAUUCUUGCUGCUUUCAUGGAUGGCAAAGGUCAAGCUUCUUCUGUAUACUAUGUAUGA